GUCUCCUCUCUCAGUCGAUGAAUCCGGCGCAGCCAUCGCCCUCGUAAGACCAAGCCUGCUCCCCCUUCUCCUCUCUUUUUUGGAUCCAACCCCACCAAAAAAAAAAACUUUAAUGUGACCAGAAAAAAAAGAACGAGAAACUCGGCUAUCUUCCUCCUCCUUUCCGUCUCGUCUUCCUCCCCCUAGAGGGGGAGAGGGAGAGAGAGGUCCAAGAAAAAGGGUCUUAUUCGAUCGCUCAAUCGGAACCGAAACCGAGACGAGACGCGCGACACCGAGACCCGGCCGGAUCCGAUCGAUGAGGCUUAUCGCCGCCAACGCCGACCGCUACAAACGAUCGACGGGCCGCCGCCAGAUCCUCCGCCGCUGCCCAUGUCCGCCUCCUCCUCAUCCUCCGUUGUCGCCGGCCGCCGCGACCUCCGCCUCCCGCCGCCGUGCCCCCACCUCGCCGAUUACCGAUCCAGCGCCCAUGGCCUCGCGAAGCGCUUCCGCUCCCUCCGGCGCUGCCUCUGCGUCCGCCCCCUCGGCCGCCCCGAGAUCCGUCGCGACCCCCACGAGAUCCCGCGCUGCGGCCCCUGCUCCUCCUCAUCCGCCGGCGGCGGCGGCGGAAAGGGGCCGAGGCUGUAUGCCUGCCUCGCCUGCGCCUCCGUCUGCUGCCCCGCCCACGCGCCGGCCCACGCCGAGGAGUACCGGCCGGGGCACGAGAUCGCCGUCGACGUCGACCGGGCGGAGCUGUUCUGCUGCGCGUGCCGCGACCAGGUCUACGAUGCCGAGUUCGAUAAGGCCGUGGUCCUCGCCCAGGCCACCGCCGCCGCUAACGCCUCUGCCUCCGCCUCCUGCCCGCGGCUGGAGAGCCUGAGGAAGCGGCGGAGGGUGGACUACCGGCCGUGGACGGCGGAUCCGGGGGAUUGGGCGGCGAUGCGGCGGGGAUCGAGCCCGCUGCUCUUCCCGGACUCCGAUCCCUCCUCCAUAGGCGCCGCCAACACAUCCUCUUCGUCUCCUUCUUCCCUGCCGUGGGGGCUGAGGGGACUGAACAAUCUCGGGAACACGUGCUUCAUGAACUCGGUUCUCCAAGCGCUGCUCCACACGCCGCCUUUCCGGAACUACUUCUUGAGCGAUCGACACAACCGGUUCGUUUGCCAGCAGAAGGGCGGAAAGAAGAAGGGCGCCAAUGCUGGCAGAAGGGGAGGGGAUUGCCGGAAGCCGUCGGGUGGGUCGUCGGUGUGCUUGGCUUGCGAUCUUGAUACACUCUGCUCCGCCGUCUUUUCCGGCGAUCGGACACCCUACAGCCCCGCCAAGUUUCUCUAUAGUUGGUGGCAUCAUGCAUCAAACCUAGCAAGCUAUGAACAACAGGAUGCACAUGAAUUUUUCAUCUCUAUGCUUGAUGGCAUCCAUGAAAACUUGGAGCAAGACCAACACAAACCUCAAAGCCAAGGCUAUGGAGACUGUUGCAUUGCUCACAAGGUGUUCUCUGGUGUCUUGAGAUCUGAUGUGAUUUGUACCAUUUGCGGCUUCACAUCUACCACAUAUGACCCAUGUUUAGACUUCUCUUUAGACUUGGAUUCUAGCCGCAAUUCUGUGAAUGUGCCCACUGCAAAAUCACAUGGAUGCAAUGGAGAGAAUGAUUUAAUAUUAUCCAGCCAAACUUGUGGAGUAUCUACACUCAUGGGAUGUUUGGAGCGCUUCACAAGGCCUGAAAGAUUAGAUUCUGAUCAAAAAUUCUUUUGUCAACACUGCAAAGUGAGGCAAGAAUCCCUGAAACAGAUGUCCAUAAGGAAGCUUCCAUUAGUUACUUGUUUUCAUAUAAAAAGGUUCGAGCAUUCAUCAAUCAAGAAGAUGUCAAGAAAGGUUGACUGCUAUUUGCAUUUUCCAUUUUCCCUUGAUAUGACACCUUAUCUAUCAUCCUCUGUCCUAAGGAGCAGAUUUGGCAACCGUAUAUUUGCUCUUGAUGGUGAUAUUUCGGAUGCGGCCACUGAGCUAGCUUCGGAGUUUGAAUUAUUUGCAGUGAUUACACACAAUGGUAGACUAGAGGCUGGCCAUUACAUAACCUAUCUGCGGCCAAGUAAUCAAUGGUAUAGAUGUGAUGAUGCAUGGAUCACUCAUGUCAGUGAAAAUAUUGUGAGGGCGUCGCAGGCAUACAUGCUGUUCUACGUACGGAAAACUCUUUACUAUAAGGCAAGGGAAAAUGCUAGUGCCUCAUGACUUAUUUCGUGGGAUGGUGGUCAAUAAGAAGCUCUAGCGGAAACUGGAGUGGAUCGAAAUUCUCAAACCUCUGCAUCCUGGAUCACCUGUUAUUCUGAUUUAAAGACAAUUUUGGGCAAUUUUGUGAAGUGAAACCAACAUACGUGUUAUUGGUUGGAUCUGAUGGGCUCUUUCUAACCAAUAGAGUUAUUGAUCGUUGAUAAAGCAAAAGAGAAUGUGGGGCUAAAAGGGAACCUAAAUUUUUGACGUGUUCCUUUCAACAAUUGAAAAGCUUCUCUCUGAAGGUACAGUUUUACAUAGCAAUCAGUUUCGACUUCAGUUUGAACUCUUUUCAAUUGUCUCUGCGUGUGUGUGUGUGUGUGUGUGUGUGUGUGUGUGUGUGUGUGUGUGUGUGUUUGGGCAUGCAUGCAGGUUUCUCUGAUAUUCUCAUAUUGCUUCCUGUGAACCAUCAUAGGCACAAUAUUUGGUUUAGUUUGUUUGAUGGUGUGUUAAUUUCUCAACUGCUUGCCCAUGUUGGACACUCUGAAUAGGUAUUGCAUUUUCAUUUACUUGCGAAUUCCUUGUAGGGGAAAACUAGAAUCUGGUAUUAACCUCCCUUUAAAAAUCUCUUAAUAAAAGUUAUUUUUUCUUAUCAUAAAAAAGAAGAUUGAAGUAAUAUUUACCAUUUUGGUUCAGCAUAUGCUACUUUGAUCCAUGAAACUGGCACCUUACAGAUGAACAUAUUUCUAUAUUGCUCUUUUGCUGGAAGUUCUGCGGUUUAUGCCAUUGAGAUAAAAAGCUUCUUAUUGUCUAAUAUUUGGUCCCUCCCCUCUUCAUGUAGUCCGUUUUCAAGCCUAGGUAUCCUGGUGUGUUGCUUCCUUGUUGCAUUCUUUCUAAUUGAUGGUCUAACUGCGUACCUCCUGUAGUUACAUUUAUAACAGAAAGAUCUCACAGAAGUGGGUAUUCCAGUCAUUGGAUUGAAGAUGAGAAAAGUAACAAGAACAAUACUUGGCAGUCGUAUGGGCAUGCUUGUAGGGGCAGGCUUUUUGCGCCAAACUCAUUCACAGGAAUAAUGCAACAAGAUAGCAAAUUCUUUAACAAAUAAUUAUUGUUGUAUGAUCUCUAUGUAUAACAACAGUUGAUUUCCCUAUAGUUUCCAGCAAUUCUACAUCAUUAACUACAAAGUCCAAAUUUUGCAGUUCUUUUAGUUAUAAUGCUGAUCAAAAUGCAGGGAUUUCUGCUCCUUGUAUCUAGUUCUGGUAACAAAAUGAUGAACGCUUCAUGUUUUGAUCAAACAUUAUAAUAGCAUUAAAGUGCCUUGCGAUGGA